UCAGAUGUAGGACAGCAACAAUAUUUACAGGAUUUUAUUGGUUCUUUUAUCUGUACUAGGUAGCCAUAACUUUAUUAUAACCCAACUGAUCGUAAAGCUUAUAGAGGAACAUUCAGAAGAAAUAGUUUUAACUACCUUUAACUGUUAGUCGUAUAUCAUAGCUGGGGUGAUUUCAUUCGUUGUUCUUUACAGUGUUUCACUUUGAUGGCAUCGCAUUGCGAAUCCCAGAUUUUUUUUUGUGUUUUUAGUGUUAAUGAAAAACAAUAAUUUGUGUUAUAGUAUUAAAAACGACAUACAAAAACAAUAUUAUAAAGUUCGUGGAACUUGUCUUACAUUAAAGAUGAAGAAAAUAUUUUUCAUUUUGUGACCUUUUUACAUUUGCAAGUGUCAAUAUGGAUUCUAAAUGAUUUAAAAUACAGUAGUGAAAAGUGAUUCUAAACGUUUUAUGACCUAUUUUUUUAUAAAAUGGGGCCGAAAAAGGCUCCACCAUAAAACUAUUAGACCCUGUUUGUUUUGCCCGCCAUAAAACAAUUAAGAUAAGAUUGAUGACAUUAAUGCACAAGAAACGAAUAAUCGAGGAUGGUGCAGUGGUUCUGGAACAAAGUGAGGGCAUCGAGCGAUGAUCGGAGGGUGGAAAGCGAUGCAAGGUGGUAUCACUUUUCGUCUGCUGGUACAUCGGCAGAUUAUCGGUUGGUCGCGUUCAGCUAGUAAUCGGGUGGCUUAUGUGGCGUGUGAUGUGUGUACGAGAUGUCCGGCAAGCCGGCGAGUGUGGCCGCGCCGCGAGCGGGCGUGGCUGGCGCGCCGCGCGUGCUGGUGUACGUGGCGGAGGCGCGCCAGCUAGAGGCGGCCGCCGCGGGCCCAGACCCGCCGCCGCAGACCCAUCCACCGCUUGACACGCUCUACCUCCACGACAACGUGUCUCAGCAUCUCGCUCUCCCCAGGAACACGCUCUAUCGACAGCAAAUUGAACAAAACGACCAAGGAAGCACACCUGGUACAGUUUACUAUAAGCCAUUUAAUGAUUCUGAAGCCAAACUAAAUUCUUUCGAGUCAUCAGAGAACAUCACAGCACACCGGGACGAAUAUUUCACUGCUACACAAUCUUAUCUGAAAGAGAAUUGUAUGAGAAAUGAUGAUAAUAAGGCUAUUGAUAGGCCGAGCAGUACAGCUGUGAAGACGGACUGUGAGAAUCCCGAAUGGAGUAACUUAGAUUCAUACAAUGUUAGGUUACCAUUGCAGAUAGGAGAGUUAAGUGCAUACCAGACAAGAUGUGGUCCUGUGAGUGAUAAUAUGCCAUCUAUGUUACCAAUAGGAGUGCAUGGUCAGGCCCAGUUCAAUGAUAAUGGUGUGGUGCAAAGUGGUGAUAAUGAUGGAAUGAACACCGGUGAGCGAGAGCUAUCUGUAGGGAAGAGUUUUGUGAACUACCAGUUGUUAGAACAAAGUGUGUCACAUCAAUCUAUUGUGAAUCAGAGCAUAAAUAUACUGAAUCAGCAAAUCGGUGUGAGUAGGUCGAUAGUUAGUGAAGGAGAUGGUGGUAGUGCACCACAGCUUGUCCGGACAGCUGACGGUGUGGUGCUGGCAGUGCUGCCAUCGUCUGUACUUCCUCAGUCAUCAGAGACGCCUGACGUGAGGAAUGUGCAUAGUGAAUUUCCACAAACAAUAACUGUGCCCCUUGGUUGGAGGAGAAUUGUAAAUGGUUCAUCAGUUCUCUAUAUCAGUCCCAGUGGAACAGCGUUGAGUAACCUAGCCCAGCUCCGAGAGUACUUGCAAACGACGGGUACAUGUAAGUGCGGCCUGCCCUGCCCUCUGAGACCGGAGACAGCCUUUAGUUUCGAUUCUAAGGUUGUGAGCAAGCCGUAUCAAGUGGCGGCGGGCGCCGAGUUGACCAAGUUGUGUAACCACAAACGGAAACUUCUGGCGUCGCUGCAGUCGCGCGUCCAGUCGCCCGUCACGCCGCCCCCACAGGCAAUCGACCAGAAGAAAGGGGCUUUACCAGAAACUAAGAAGAAAAUGAAGAAACGUCCCGGAUACGUGCCGACUAUGAGCGUGUCACAAAUGAUGGUGCAAAGGGAUAGACCCCUCAACGAGUUCAAGCCUGACGUCGAUCAAAAGAGGACGGCGUCUCCGGGCGCUAUGACACAACGACCCAGCAAUAUGCAGCAUUGUUUGCCGUAUUCGCAACAGAACAUGUCAAACGUAGUACAAGAAGAUAUAAAACAAGAAACUCUUGUGCAAAGAAGCUCACACUAUCUCACUGUUAGUAGUGGUUGGAUAACUCAACACCCAGAGAACAUUGAAUCUGGACAGAAACAUAACCCACAAAUGCCAGGUCCUUUGAGUAACCCUCUCAAUAUGGGACUGCCAGUCCUUGGAACGAAUGGACAAGUCAUAGGUGUCAAUACUGGUUACAAUAAGCAUUCUAAUAAUGCGAAAAAUACAUUAAACCUAACGCCGCAUGUAAUAGAACAAGAGCAUAAGGAAGAAGAAAAUGAUCUGCAGACCAAUAAACAAACUCCUAAGGAAGAAGAAUCACAAAUAUUUUGUGGUUUAAACCAACCCCUUACACCUGAGGUUAUGCAAAAGAUAAACGAACAGCAGCAAAUAUUCAUUCAAAGAAACCAGAAACAGAUUGAAGUUAUGAAAGGGUACAAGACGCAGAUAUCAGAUAAUUUAAAUCAGAGCAAGCCGCCGAUGCAAAGCCAAUAUGUUCCUCAAGGUCAAUUGGUAAUACAAAACGGAACUGUCGUCAAAACGAAUUCAGCAAAAACUCCUCCAUGGCAAGUCAAAAGAAACGACUCAAAUACUCCUAACUCUAUGCCAUGUCCGAGCCCAAAGUUACAAAAAGUCGAAAACUUCGAUUAUGAUGACACCAAUUUGAACACAAUGGACGAAUCUUCAUCCUCUGCAGGUUCUUACUCCGGUAACGAACAAAUUUUAAAUCCAGUUAUGUGCUCGCGGGUACCGCCACUACCGCAACACUAUAAUAUGAUGGGCCAACAAUGGCCUAGUGUUGAACUCAAGAAAAGAACUAAAAGUAACAAUAAAACACCCAAGAAAAAGUCAAUUCCAAGUGAUAAACCAAUUAUGUUUGGAAACAAUGGUAUGAGACAAAUGCCAGAACCAAAGGGAAAAUCCUGUGAUGAUGGCUCGAGGAAUACCGUUCCGUCGUUUAUGGAUGAUCCCAAUGGAUAUUUAGCACAACAAACAGUUUUGCUAAAUAACACAAUAUCUAGACAAGUAGGAAUUAAUACGCGAUAUAAUGUUAAUCAAUUUGAAAAUACUGGCAGUACGUUUAAUUCAACGAAUCAAUCUGAUAAACUUUGUAAGCCCAUGAGCAGGCCCGGUGAGCCUAUGAAUGUUUUUCGAAAUAAUAUUGUACCAAAUUCUUCACCAUCGCCAAACAACAUUCCCGACAGUAGUCUCGUUCCUGAAAAGAGUGCCGAAAACACAAUUCCACCUUGCUGUAAAGGGUGCAACGUUUCAUAUAAAGGAAACUGUUCAGAUACAUCAGAUACAAGAACGAAAUAUUUAAAACAACACGCCAAUGUUUAUGGAUUAGAAUUGGAAAGUGGUGUAGCCACAUCUAGUCCGAAACAUGGAUUCGACGAUAAUCCUGUAACAUCUUCAACAUACAUUGAGCGAAAUCUCAUGUUGAAUGAUAACUGCGGGCCGAUUCAAGCUGGCAUUGUAAGCACCAGCAACGUGUCUCCCAACGACACGUUACAACCGCCCGAGCCUUCGCCGACUUUAUCUAGUAGCUCUCGGAACACGGACACUCCUCACAGUAGUGGCAGUAUUCCUCAACUACAGAAUAAUUGUACAUUCCCCGUACCGAGCCCGGCCUAUUCUAAUCCAAGUUCGAGUAGGGAUAACUUUAACAGUAACCCCUCCACACCCGGCAGUAGUCACACAUAUCCAUACAGCUCGCCCGGGCCGCCCAUCAGCCAGGCCAUCUCUGGCAACCAAGUGAUGCAUUUCAUAUCAAAUCAUAAUGUUAACAAAAAUCUCAUGGAAGUGGAUAACAUAUCAAUGGUAGGAGUCAAACCGGGCUUGAGAAAUCAGCAAGAGUUGUUUAGGUUAGAAUCUAAGAAGAGAAUAGAAAACACAAUGCCAGGAUACUGUCCACCGCCACACCUGGGAGGGGGCCCGGCGCACUCUCUGAUACAGGCUUGUUAUAUACAGACAUUUGUGACCACAAUGGCGAGUGGGUUUUCCGUUACUCGAGAUACUGUAACGUCGGUUCUCGCAGGAAAAGCUAAUACUGCAACUACCUCUAUUAACGCAUCACAAGCUAACUUUGUUAGGCAUCCUCCACCGCCUAGUGUGAACAUGGCCACGACUUACGCUAUACCGAAUAACCAACCCGAUCCGUUCUUGAAUUCUGUCAAUUUACCGACUAGUUAUCCCUUACACAUCGCCGGUACGACCGCUCAGAACAUGAUAACGAAGUCUCCACUUGAAAUGGUUCAGAACGUUAUCAGUAGUUUGCCAUCGAAACCUGAAACGAGCAAUGCACAACCAACGUCGAUCAUUCAAAGAAGAUCUUGCUCGAAUACUCCUGGACAAAUUUUAAUUUCUUCAACCGGACAAAUAAUCGUAUCCAACAAUCAAAUGCCGCCGCCUCCUCCAAAGAAUACAACUGCUCUGUCACCGAUAGGGUCAAAUGCGGUGACCAACGUAACCACAUCUGUAACUCAAGUCGUUCCCGCCGUUGGAGGAGUACAACCAAUGGUAAAUCAACCGACGGUAGUUGUCAAUACAUUGCAGACGCCGUUCGUCAUUCAGCCCCCCAUGAUGACUGUCGAGGGGCAAGUUGUACAACAAAACACCGUGCUGCCGCAAAUAGUAACCGGCGGAAUAGUUUCUGGCCAGCAAACUACCGAUAGUUCGAGACAGAUCGAAGUUAAGAACGGCCAGGGCUUCGUUCAAGGCGUUGCUAUGCUCUCACCGGAAAGUUUAAAGAAAAGAAGUAAGAAAAAGAAGAAUCAAACACCUAACAUAACCAACGUAUUGCAAAUUGCAGCACCGCAACAGAACCCGAACAGCCUCAUGGUGCACCACUCCUCACCGCAGCACAAUUCUAGUCCGCAGUUUUCACCUCGUGGAUUUCAGCUGUCUCCGACUAACAACAUAUCCCCGACGCCGAUGCUGCAAGCGCUGACCAUCGUGCCCGGCAAGUCGGGCACGCCGGCGCAUAUAGUGAUGAACGGCCAGGGGAACGCAAACAACUUCGGAUCGCAACAAAUCAUAGCUAAUACAUCGCCGUCACAACAGAUCAAUUUACUACAGCCCGUGAAUCUAAUUAACAAUGCGAGCAAUGUCAUGUCGAACUUCCCAGCCUUUCAGCAGUUCAUCUUGCCGAAUCUCGGUGGAAUGGUCAUGACUGCAGACGGAACGGCCAUCAUUCAAGAUAAUUCUACAGGAAUGCCAAUGCAGCUUCAAUUACAGACCGUUAACGGCCAAAACGUAUUGACGCCGGUGCAGAACCCAGGCCUGUUCACCGCGGGUACCAACAGCGGAGUAGUAAUCAGAGCUCAAAAUCAACAGGGCAAGAUUAUACAAUCGCAGCACAGUCCAGGCGCCCAAUUUCUCUCUCCGAACAGUCAAGUCAUGGUCAAUAGCCCUAAUUUCAACGGUCAACUGAGUCCACUGCUCGCCAAUCUGAGCCCCACGAACGUCACGUUCAAUACGAGCCCACAGAUGAGGUCGGGAAACGUCCAAACUCAGGAGUUCAUUCAGACCAAUCAGCUCGGCCAGACGCUGAUGGUCCCGCUGUCCCCCAAGCAAGUUCCCAUAUCCGCGACGAGCAACAGGGCCAACUCCACGUUCGUCCAGAACACGACCAUCGUGCAGCAGCAGACGACGCUCGUGUCCAACUCCCACAACGCGCAGAUGUCGUCGAUGAACCUCCAGGGGGGAAACUCCAGACUGAGCAUAGAUCCCAACGUUCUCCUCGGCCAGAAGUCGACGACGAACCCGAAGAGGUUCGGCCGGCCGCCCGGCGAGGGCGGCGCCGCGGAGUUCAAGGACGACGGGAGCCUCGGCCCCUUCGAGCGGCCGGCCGAGGACGACAGGGGCGAGGCCCCCGACGGCUACGGCGUGCGGCACUCCGUGUCCACGCAGACGCUGGGCCAGCGCGGCGGGAAGUCCCCCAGCACGGCGGCGGGCUCGCCCCCCGACACCACGACGCUCAGCCCGCUGGGCGCGCUGGACGCGGGCAGCCCGCGCCGCCGCGCCGCGCCCGCGCCCCCCGCGCCGCCCGCGCCCGCCGCGCCCGCCGCGCCCGCCGCCGACACCACCACGCGCUCGCCCGAGCCCGACGCGCUCGCCUCGGCCAUGGUGCAGUGCGUGUCGAGCAGCGAGCAGGACAUGGCGGAGGCGCGCGAGCGCUGGGCGGAGCGGCCCGACGCCGACUCGCACCAUAUGAUAUCAAACAUACAAUUGAUGCGUCUUAAUCGAGCUCACAAUCCUGUGGAGUCCAGUGAAAUGCAAUACCACCAAAACAUGAACUCGUCCAGUAACAGCCAACACGUUUUGCCGAUGACGUCGAGUCUCUACGAUCGACCUCAGAGCUAUAAGAGGAAAAAUGACUUCGGCGACGGUUCCACGUACAGGAAUGACAAAAUUAUGCGGACUAAUUACGGGAUGGUGCACGGCUUGCCGAAGGACUACGACGCUAUGGCCAUCAACCAAGAUAAGCAGCAAGUGAGACGUUUCUCUCCUUCAGGGAGUAACUCUGAAAGUUCCAACGUUCAGAAAGUCUUUGACAGACAUUUAGGUUCCGGGGACGAUUCCAAGAGCUCGGAGGAGGCGGAGGGGGCGGCGGGGGCGGCCGAGGGGGCGGAGCGCGUGCGGCGGUUCGCCGUGGGGGACCUGGUGUGGGGGCCCGUGCGCGGCCACGCGUCGUGGCCCGGCAAGCUGCAGGCGCGCCUGUCGGGCGGCGCGUGGCGCGUGCGCUGGUUCGGGCGCGGCGCCGGCGCGGCCGAGCACCGCGCGCUGCUCACGCUCAGCGAGGGGCUCGAGGCGCACCACGCCGCGCGCACGCGCCACCGCAAGAGCAGAAAACUGAACACCCUCCUCGAGAACGCGAUCCAGGAGGCGAUGGCGGAGUUGGAUAAGAAGUCCGACCAGAGGCGAGCUUCGAGCGAGGAUCGGGACGAGGUCCCCCUGGAGGAGAUCACCGAGACGCCCCGGCGCAGCAGGGCUCACGGCAAAGUGAGGAGCAAGCACAGGAGGAACCCGGCGAAGCUCGACUCUACGCGCUUGAGGAGCUCUCGAUGACAGACUCCAUCCGACUGGAAGAGUUCCAGAGGAAGCCAUUACUAUCCGUAGAGAUUUUGAACGAUUAGUGUCGGACAUUAAAGUUUUAUUACGUCAAUGAAAUAGUAUAUAAUAAAUAUGAUAUCUUUCAGCAUAUAUGAUACAAUAAGAAGUUUUAAAAUACAUAAAUCUUAAUAAAAUUUCGUACAAUUAAAUAAGGUUAUCGUUUUUGAAUAUCGUACUAAAGGGUUUCCCUCGCUACACAAUCGAUAACGAUUAUUAAACAAUAGAUUUUUCUUAUUACUAAAUAGGAACAUAUUUAUCUAGCUUAUACAACUAAAUAUAAACGUCAGUAGCAGAAUUUUAAUUCCCGGGAAUUUUCUCCGCUGGUCACACUCGGAGCGACGGUCCAGAGUAACGAGUCUAUGUAAAUAUUUAAGAUUUCGGUGUUUUAAAAAAAUAAUAAUUGAUAGAAAUUUUAGCAGCUAGUUAUAGACGUGAUUUAAUCACUAAUGUACUUUUAGGUUAAGACGAUAAACUUUGCGGUUACAGGUGAAGAGAUUGUCUAUACAUUAUGCACAUUAUAUGAAAUUUGAAUUCACUCGUGUCAAACGUCCGCUCACAUAGUGACGGGUGUUUCUCAGCGUGUAAAGAUAUUCGGCGAGUUGAGAUUUGCUCACCGUGUCUCUGGGUACUCAAUAUCGAUUCGUAAUGUGUGCCGUUCUGUCUCUCGGUGUGUCGGACGAAACGGCGGUUAGGACGUUUGUCGAAUUGAUGUCAGUCUCGAGAGAGGCGGGGUUCCAUUAGCCCCAUCCCUGCAUCGAUGAGGGUACUUUAGGGUAUUUUAUCACAAUUUUCAUCGACAUUUUGUACAAUGUUAGUAACGUGUAAAUUAAAUAAGAGUGUGCUAUAUAUAUUGUGUACAUUUUUACGUUUUGUUAGAAAAUAAAAACAUGAUUUCUAGUCAAAAUAUUGAGCAUAUUAAAUUGUAGAUAACGCGGAUGAGAUAAUUGACAAUAAACGGGCCUCAAGACCUACUUUUUACAUUAAUAAAUGCACUAUUUAUUUACUUUCGGACAGUAUAAUUGUUUGCUAAAAUGUUUAAAGUACUUUUGUCAAUAUAAAAGACUCAAUAGUUUUAAGGUUGAUGUUGCUGGAACUGUUGAUACGAUGGCAACAUUGCGGUUCGAGUUCGUAUAAAACGGUGCGCAUAUCAUUCGUACUUGUUGAGAAUGUUUAUAAGUGUUGCUAUAUCAAAGUCAAUGCAACGUCCGGUCGGCCGGUGGUGAUGCCUGCAUUUUAACCGACUUACAAAGGAGAUGAUAUAUGAUGAACUAUAAGUCUUAAAUGAAAUAUUUUUAUUUUUGAUAUUUAAUACUUUGAAUAAAGAAAUUUCAUUUGAGAAUAAUUAAAUCUCAAUUUAAUAUAUUUUGAAGUAGAUUAUAGUUUUUUUUUGUUAAAAAAGUUAUUAUUUUAACACGUUUUAUACAUACGAUACUAAAUAUAAUAUAAUAUUUAUACCAAUAUUUAAGGCCUAUACGCGUUGUUAGUAGAUAUAGAUUCCAUGACAUUUUAAGAUGUAUCAAACAUUAGGCCAUAAAUGUCAUCGAAUGAGAACAAAAUUUUUAUUGAUUGUGAUAAAUAUAUUUGAAUAUCGAUUUUAAACGUACAUUCGAGAUUUAAAUAUAUACCGUAAGCUGAUAUUAAACGUUCAUCACACGACUGUACCUCGAGAAAUUUAACAAUUCCUCACUCUAAGUGUCGCUAUGAGCUUCGGUUUUCGGUACAAGGGAGUUUUUAAUUUUAAACAUUUCUAAAAUGCUUUUUAAUCACAAUAAAUAAUAUUAUAUAGAUAAUAAAAUUGAAUGUUUCUUUCUAAAAAAUCGUAGCUAGAUUGAUUAGAUCAUGUCACGCAUGGAUAAUUUUUUAUAGAUAAUUUGUUGUCGAUGGUCGUUGUUAGAUGAUAUUUACUUGUAAAAUUAAUUUAUAACCUAUCGAGCUCGACGACGGCUUACUGUUUUUAUUUACAUGUAACUUAGAUUCCACUUACGACAUGAUUAGUUGUUAUAUUGUUUAUUGAAAUCGUAAUAACGCUCCGAUGAGGUAUUAUGUAAAUAUUAUUGUAACUGUAGUUAUGUAUAGUAUUGUAUUUCAAUGAAAUUAAUGUUUUAUAGACUAAUAACUGUACAACAUAAGAUUAUUUAUUUGUUUUGAUGUGUACAUAUUUUUUUUUCAAUAAAAUGUACCUGUUUUUAAUUUA